UUUCACUAGGUUUCGAGUAGGGAUCCUCAAGAGAGGGAUCGGACUAAGCGGGUAUCGUUUUCUAUUGGUCGGCGACCAUUGGUUUCAAAACCGGAAACAGAGAGAGAAAGAGCGAGCGAGUAAGAGAGAUAGAGCCAUACACACACGCGUGCGCGUGACCGUAAAUCGCAACGAAACGAGGAGAGGAGAGCGAGUAAACAGAAAACCGCGUCGUCACGGUAUACCCUGUCGUCGUCGCCGUCGUCGUCGUCGUCAUCGUUAUCGUCGUCGUCGUCAUCGUCGUCAUCGUCGUCGUCGUCGUCGUCGUCGUCGUCGUCAACCUACGACGCAGCAUUCUCCUUUGGCGUCAACGAUCGGAGAAGGACGAGGACAAGUUAGUCGUGUAGAAAAAGAAAUAUGACGGGUUGCAGUGCAGAUUACUGUACGAACUCAUCGAGCAAAGGCUUCCAAAUGUGUAGAUUCCCACGAGAAGAGAAAAGAAGAAAAGUAUUGUGCAGACUGGGUUCUUGGAGUGAGUUCGACAUUGUGUUCAGUGAUGUUCACAACAAUUCAGAAGAAAUUCAGGAAACUGAAGGAAGUAUUGAAGAACUGAAGGAAAAAACGCCUUUCGAAGAAACACUUGAACAACGAUUUAAUAGAUUACAAAAAUUAUAUGACAAAUCGGAAAAAUCUAGGAUAGCUUUGAAAAAGAGUCUUAUUGCAGCCAAUAAACGGAAUAAAAAAUUACAACUUGUAUACAUGUAAAAUUACAAUUUGUCAUCAAUAUAUAUUUUUUACGAAUC